AUGAAAGCACUUUUGAUGCAACAUCAAUGUGUGAAAGCUCUUGAUGAGUCUUGGGAUGAAGAUCUCAUAGAAAGAAAAAGAAACGAACAAAUUGACACUGUAUGGAGUUUUAUUUUCUUACAUUUGUCUAAUAGUAUCAUUAGGGAAGUAGGAAAGACUGUGACUGCUGAAGAAAUAUGGACAAAACUUGAAUCACUUUAUAAAACGAAAUCACUUCCAAAUAAAUGUUAUCUUUGGAAACAAUUCUUUAGUUUCAAGUUUGACCCACAUUUUGAUCUUGAAGCAAAUCUAGACAGAUUUAAUAAACUAACUCAAGAUCUCACAAAUAGCAGUGAAAAACUCACUAUUGAACAACAGACAGUAGCCUUAUUGUCUGCCUUACCGGAAAAAUAUAAAGAUUUAAGAAAUGCUCUUGAAUAUGGAAGAACUUUCAUUACUGUGGAAGUUAUUGUUGCCUCUUUAAGAAAUAAAGAACUAGAGUUUCAAAGUGAAACUAAAACCUCCUCUAUAGGUUUUGGUUAUAUUGUCAGAGGACAUAAUUAA